AUGUUAUUACUAAUAGUUGUUGAACUUAGUUCUUCGACAACAUAUACAUGUAGUUCAAGUUCUUCUUGUGGCUGUUCGACUAAUUCAGCAACACUGACACGUAUUGUUGGAGGCGAAGCAGCUGCUUCACAAACUUGGGGCUGGGCUGUAUUACUACGCAUCUCAAAUUCGUUAUGUGGUGGAUCGAUCAUUUCGGCUUCAUGGAUUCUUACAGCUGCUCAUUGUGUUUCGGGAGUUAAUGCCAGUCUAAUGACUGUUUACGCUGGUUCCAAUAGAUAUGGGUUCAGCAGUCAGAGUAGAUCAGUGUUAGCAUCCACACCUCAUCCGAGCUACAGUUCGUCCACUUAUGUCAAUGACAUCGCUCUUCUUCAACUGUCGACUUCAUUGAAUAUGGCUGAUCCAGCUGUCAGUGCCAUUUGUCUUCCAUCUAUCAGUUCUGCCAUAUUAUCAGCUGGUGAAUGGCCCCCGGCUGGAACAACAGUGGUGGCUGUGGGUUGGGGUCGAUUGAGUGAAGGUGGAUACGCAUCAUCGACACUUCAACAAGUGACCAUGCAAACGGUUGAUCGUCAAUCAUCAACAUGUACUUCCGUGGCUAGAUCUUGGUCAUUUCAACUGUGCGCCGCUUCUACAUGCAAAGAUACAUGUCAAGGGGAUUCUGGUGGUCCUCUGAUGGCUUUCACAACGAACAAUCAGUGGGUUCUGGUCGGUGCAACAAGCAAUGGCAUUGGUUGCGCUCGAGAGAACUAUGCUGGUGUUUACACACGUAUAGCCGCUUAUCAAGCUUGGAUCCAGUCGAUCACCAGUGGCCAAUUCAUCAGUUUGACAUCAUCAAGUUUGAUGUCCCCAACAACAGAAAUCGAUCUAACAGCCACAUGUGCAGCACCUGUCCACUAUCGAUCAGUUCUAUUCUUUGCAUUGAUUCCUGCUCUUGUAUUUCUUGGCAUUAUGGAGUCACUCCGUAAUCAAUUGACAUGA